GCCAUCGUAGUAUCAUCCAUUAGUAACGAAGUUGUGGAAAAACGUGUCGAUUGGCAGUUGUUACAGCGAUACAGAUAGUCGAGGGUAAAAGAGGCACCGCCCACCCCUUCAAUGUGGAAAAUGAUGGCUGAAAUUGUGGUGUCUGAUAGUGACAGUGAUUCGGAGGUCGGGACCCCAGUCAGACCGCCGCCAAAAAGACGACGAAUCAUCGACCCGUCUGCCCUAAUCGCUGUACCCAUUUACUCCAACAAAGUAAACAGCAGUUUGCAGUUGAAGCCGACUGUUUUCGCGCACACAGACUGUGCAGGUGAUGAUGCAGAGGUGCCAAAACUGUGGCCUCCGUCACAGACUCCGCCCCGUGCAGAGGAGAAGCCAAUCACCACCAUGCUCUCAGACUCGGAGGAGGACCCUGAGAAAGAUGAUAAAGAGGCAAGCUUCCGCUCGCUGUCUCCGCCCCCGCCCCCGCAGAGCCCUCUGGCCAAGGUCACCGUACGGGCCAAUCGCAAGAUCAGAGAGCUGGACAGAAAGCUGAACGCCAUUGGUUCACUCCUGUCCCCAUUGCCGGCGGGCACGGGUGGCGGCAGCGCUGCUUGUGACUCUGACGAUGACGUCGUCUUCACCUCAGCCCCGCAGGCAGCGCUGGAGCGCGGCGCCCAGUCGCGGGAGAUCCCGCUCAAAUUCCGCUGCCGCAUCGACCUGCACAAGAUCCCUGUGCAGUCUACUGCUCCUCUCAGUGUGGCGGUGCAGCAGCUCUCAGUCAGACUUAACGUCCCGCCCUCCCGCAUCCUGCUGUUGAGGAAAGACACGGAACUUCCUGUCGACUCCACGGCCAAUGAGCUGGGCCUGGGCAUCGCAGACAUCAUCGACUGUGUAGUGAUCGCAGAGGGACACCGAGAGAAAGAGAGUGACCGUGACAUCAUCACCGUACGACUACAGACCAAGGACAAAGGGUCUGCCCAGGACUACUCCGUACACAAGGAAGCUCCUCUGGGGUCCGUCCUCUCUCAGUACCUCUCCCACCUGGGCGUGCACUCCCGGCACAAGGUCUGCUUCCUGUUCGACGGGUCAAAGGUCACAGACAGUCAGACACCCUCCCAGCUGGACAUGGAGGACGGCGAUGUCAUUGAAGUGUGGGCCUGACGAUGUGGUUGCACGGCAACUGGAGAGGAGGACUUUGGAUGCUCUCUCCUCGUCAGUGCUGCACAGGAAAGCAGGGAGGGCACAGCAAUAACUCUGCCACUGUCUUAACACCCAGCAAGGUGUACUGGGAUAUUUGAAUAAAUAUACAUUAUUGGCUUAAUAUUAAUUUAAGGAUUUUUAUUUCAGGACAAUUGAAUAGGGGUUAUGUGCAAGUUUGUAAGUCUGAAAUGAAAUGACAUUUUGGUAAAAUGGCAGUGUUUGUUUUUUGUCAUGUUGCCUGCACUUCACCCAAGUGUGUAGUGUGUAGCUGCUUUGCUGAGAGAGAGCUGGUAGCUGUUGUGAGUAUAGCAACACUGAAGCAGCGCGUGUGCUUUAAGUCGAUGAACCCAGUUUAAGCUCAACCCUUUGAAAAGUAGGUUUUCUGGAAGUGUUUUUAGAUUUUGUCAGUUAUUGGGCAAGGGUGAAAGGGCGCCACUGAGGUGUUAUUGGUGCCAAGAGUAUGGUCAUGUGGCAGUAAUGUCGGCGAACGAUGCACAAGUGUAAAUGGUUGGCAUUUAUAUAGCGUAUGUAUUAUGAUGGCGGCACGGAUGGUGCAGUGGGUAGCACUGCCGCCUCACAGCAAGGAAGUCCUGGGUUCGAAUCCCCGUCGGCCGGGGCCUCUCUGUGGAGUUUACAUGUUCUCCCCGUGUUUGCGUGGGUUUCCUCCGGGUACUCCGGUUUCCUCCCACAGUCCAAAGACAUGCAGGUUAGGCUGAUUGGAGAGUCUAAAUUGCCCGUUGGUAUGCCUGUGUGAGUGUGUGUGCCCUGUGAUGGACUGGUGACCUGUCCAGGGUGUAUUCCUGCCUUUCGUCCAAUGUAUGCUGGGAUAGGCUCCAGCCCCCCUGCGACCCUGUUCAGGAUAAGCAGGUUAGGAUAAUGAAUGAAUGAAUGUAUUCUGAUGAAUGGUUCAAGACUUCGUUUUCAAAUUAACUCUGUCAUCAGCUAGUCAGCCUGCAAGGAAGUGCUCUCCCCUGCCAGCAUGUAGCCUAAAAUAUUCUAAAUAACUGAGCAAUGUUUAAUUACAUUUUUGUAUUCAGCAUAAAAUAUUAUGCAGGCCUACUUUUUAAUAGAAUAAAUAUGUUUUAUAAGUAAUUCUGUUGAUUCACACCCCUAUUUUAUUGCGAUGGUCAUUAAUUAUGCUAGUGAGAUUGUCACAAAAUCUCAGGGGAUCAAGAUAGUGGUGCAUGCAGCUAAAUACAUUUUGGGUAUUACUGAUGUGAAGGGGGACAAGAUUCAGGGAAUUUUAGAGAAAGGGUUUGGUGGGAGUCAUAUACCAGGGAAUUAUAGAUUGUUUUUGUUAAUUUUAUGAUUGCCUAUAAAGCUUUGGCAAUAUGUAUUGAAAAAUGUCAUGCCAAUAAAUCAUUUUGAAAUUGAAA